ACAUGGGCACAUAAAAUUUAAGUCCAUACAAAUGAAGCUAUAUUAAUCUAAAACUAUCGUAUAAUUAGCAUUUCAGUUUCGGAAAUAGUGGAUAUACAAUCGAAUAAUGAAUUUCUUAUAUAAUGUGCGACUUAAUAAAAAUAAUAUCUAAGCAGUUAAUUGUAGAUCGAAAAAAGUGAAAAGAUAUGCAAAAGAAAAACUUGAAUUGCAAUAACUGUGCCAUUGCAUUGGUGUUAGAGAAAGAUAGCUAGACUCGGAGAGUGAUGCAAGUGUGGCGAAUAAGUGCGAGAAAAAAGGAGUUGGUUCUAUGAUUGUCAGCUGUGUCUGUCAAAAACGAACGAAAACAGGAAAAUUUGCUUUUGUUUGUUAGUUUGUCUUCAUUCUUCCGCUGUCUACUUUAUGCAAAUUCGAUGAAAAACUGAAUUAAUAAUCGCAAAAGGAGCUAUCGAAAACGAAUUGAAGUAAAUGCAAUGAGAAGAUGAAUAUUCGAAAAAAAUAGUUGCAAAGACAUUCCAGCAAUUGAAAAAAGAAUAGUUGAAAAGGUAGUUCUGAUAAAUAAGGGGAGGAAGUGGGAAGAAGAGAAACGCAAUGAAAAGAAAUCUGAUGAAAAUGAUUUGAAUAAAUGGAAUGAAUGGAUACAAAGGAAAAACGAAAUCAAAAAACGGGAACGAAUAAACGACGCACGACUUUAUCCAUCCACCACUAUACACGGGUAGGAAGAAAAGUGAUGCGAUAAAUCUGAGAUCUAUAGAAGAAAUGUGCUUCAGAGGCUAUAGAAAAAUUGCAGAAAAAACGCAACGCAACAAUUUUGGAUAUAAAGCCGAGUCAGUCUCGACAGCAGAAAAAUUGCAAUCCUCAUUUUUGUAACCUGAAGUUGGCUUUUCCAGGGUCAAAAUGAGUCCACAGGUCAAAUUUCGUUGUUCCAAAGAAAUAAUCGGAUAGAAACUUGAUCCGCAAUUAUUUGCUAAGAGUAUGAGAACGACCUUACUGGGUACAUCAAUAUUUUAUCGCCCAAAAACAUCCCAACAAGACUCACUGAAAAUGGAAUCCCAUUCGCCUUCGGUGCGACAGAAAAUAAAUGUUGAUCCUAUUGCAGAAAAAACUGAACAAGUAAAUCUCUUGAGUGAAGAAGAGGAGAAGGACCCGUUAGCAUUAGAUACAGCGAUCGAACAACAUAGCUCGCGAAGUAAACUUUCAAAUAGCGCUAAGCACAGCCACAGUUUACGGCGUCAUGUUCCUCGUAUCAUCGUUAAACCUAUACCACCCGAGAAAAAGGUUGCAGCUACGGCGACAGCAACGUUGAGUAGCAACGCUGCAACGUCAACUGCUACUGCCAAUACUGUGAUUAAUGCCACCAGUGGAAAGAACGCAACACCGAGCCCUUCAAGCCGUGCCAGCAGUAGUCGACGUGCACAACAACAAGCCAAAGCUGCGGCUGCCGCUACAGGAUUGACUGGAGCCGCAUCUAUGACUACGCCCAUUACAGCAAUCACUCAAGCGUCCACAAUGCGUGAAGUGCUGGCAUCUAUACCAGGGUUUAGUUUUAAACCUCGUAGACGUUCUUCCAAGAAAAUUUCCACUGCUGCUCAAAUUGAGCAGACAAAGGAUGGAAAAAUAGACCUCGAAACACCGGACUCAAUAUUAGCUUCAACCAAUUUGAGAGCCUUACUCAACAAACAAACCUUUUCUAUGCUGCCUCCACUAUAUCAGUAUAACCUCAUUCAAUUGCUACCAAGCGUAGAUCGCGAAGCCAUCGAAGUUGAACGCAAGAACACUUCUGAAUCCACCGUUACAAUGGAAGCUAUAAAAUUGGGUCCAUCCAGUCUAAACAAUGAGUUCUUUGCACGUGCCUGCUUGGAGUGGCGUGAACGGCUGGCGGAAGGUGAAUUCACGCCCGAAAAUCAAAUGAAGAUGAAAACCGAAGCCGAAAGGGAAAAGAACAAAUUAGAUCCAUGGAAAUUGAAACAUUUUGAACCAAUAUGGGGAGAAAAAUCCUAUAAUCGCGCCAGUAGUACUAGUAGCAGUAGCAGCAAUAUAAGUUAUAGUAGUGGCAAAAGCAGUGAUAGUUAUACUAAUUUAAUGGAUGAGCGUCUGGAAUUCAAAUUGGAGAGUAAAGGCGGUCUGGUUGCUACAAUUGUGAAGACAUCUACGAAAACACCAGCAGCUUCAACGACUACAUCGUUAACGGCCACCGCAACCGCAACCCAAGCAAUGAUGGUAACAGCGACAUCAGCAGCAAGUACUGAAAGUACUGAAAACACCACAUCGUCGUCUUCUGUAGAUAUUAAAGAAGAGGAAGAAGAAUUUGUUGAUGAAUCUGUUAAAAGCAUCAAUGCGAAUGCAAUUAAAAGCGAGCAAGAAAUAAAAUUAGAAGAGCUGCGUCAGCAAGAACAAACUGAAUCUUCCACAACCGAUUAUGAAAAACAGACUGACACGAUUUGCGAUCUGGAAAAUAUUGGUUGCACGGACUCAUCCUCAACAUUUGAUUUAUUGCGCUCAGAAUGCAGUGGCGUUCAAGCAGAAACGUUUGCUAAAGAAUCCAAAAUAACCUUAACGUUAAACUCUUUGGAACAUGAGAGGCAAUAUGAGUGCGGGAGCAGCGGCAAUAUACGCAAACGUUCGGAGUCUGAUUUUAUCUAUGAAAAUCGAACGCAAAGCAAACAAAUGAAAAUAGACACACCAAUAAUGCAGGAACAUCAACAGCAACAGCAACACCAACAUGAAUACGAUAUAACCGACGCAGCAAACAGCAUAGAACCAGAAGUAAGCCAUGGUGUUGGCGACGAACUUAAAGAAACGCUCUCCCCAUCAGUAUCUUCAGCUACUUCAAGUUCUCAAGAGUUGAGUGGCAGCAAUAGUUUAACAACAAAUUCAUUCACAACAAAGGCGCCCACAACGGACAGUUUCAUGUAUAACACCAAUCUCUACGAUGCAAAAUUCGAGCAGCAAUCUAAUGCUGAACUGCUACUGAAGGAAACGAUCUCUUCAGCUAGUAGUGAAGAAGGCGUCACUGGUAAUACUAUAUCCGAUAUGUCUUUGAAAACGUCAAAUUUCCUCCAAAACCAAGAGACUUCGUUUGCAGCAAUAUCGACGGUGGGAAAUAGUACCUGUAACAGUAUUGAAACACUUCUGCCAUCAACUUCUUCAUAUAUGAACGUUAAUUCGAUAUUACCAGCUUCGUCAUCACCUAGACCAAGCGGCGGUAUAACACUGCAGUCCUUCCCAACGCAAGGGAAGCAAUUGAAUGCUUGUUCGAUAAUUUCACUUGAAGACGGGGAGGAUGAUGACGAUGAGCUUAUCGAACAAAAGUUUGCUGACGCACACAAUUACGUAUUGGAAUCCGGUGAAGUUAGUACCGACAGUAGCGCAGGUACAAAUAGCGCUUUACUAACACCUGUCGACGGGGGUAACGUAAAGGAGAAGAAAUUUAUUUUCUGUGAUUCAGUAGAUCAAGGUACAACAUCUCAUGCUUGUGACAAUCUCUUCGAAAAUAAACAAGAACUUGGCAGUUGUAUUUCGUCAGUGGCCAUAUCCUCUGCCUCCUCGUCCUCCUCAUCUUCAAUGACCUCAGCACCGACGAUCAGUGGAGACAUGAUGUAUUCCACAACGGCCCAACUGCCAGUUCCUGCACGAUUAUCGCCCGAACAAAAGCAGCAGCAGCAGCAACAACAGCAGCAGAUUAUAUUGUCUAUGGCUGAGAAGAGCGAGGAUUUGUUCCAUCAUGUACAGCAUGAUUGGAAUUUCGGCAGUAUAAAAUUACAACAGCCAACGGAAGCAUCAUCUUGUAGUUUUAACGGUGUGAUUCAAACGCAUCAAGGCGUUAUAAAAGUGAAAAAUUUAAAUACGAUUUCAGUUGGAGAUGUAGAUAUGCCAAGCGUGGAAGCAGCUCAAGCUGAAGAAGUCGUAGAUUGUAUCGGUGUAGAAGGUGCUGAUGAUGCGGCGGCGCUUGUUAAUUGCAGAAAUAUGGGUGUCAGUGUUGGUGAAGGCGCGGAUAAUGGUGAUAUCGGAGCGGAGGCUGAUGAAGAUGACGAUGACGAGGCGGAUGAGGAGGAUGAAGAAGAUGAUGACGACAAUGAUGCUGUACGUGAUAUAGUUGACGAAUUACAACAACAGCACCGGCAACUACUCAAAGAACAACAACAACAACAGUUACAACAUCAACAGCAACUCGAAGAGCAACAGGACUUGCGUGGACCGGAAAACCAAGAGCACCGUAGCCACUUAAAUUAUGAGCAAACUGACUAUGAGUUGGGCUCUGAUAUGAUAUGUGAUGUCCAAAUGGCGGCUAACGAAAUGGAAGUGUCCAGCACUGUAAUAACUAAUAGCAAUUCGGACGACAGCGUGAACGAAAUAAAUAUGGGCUGUAGCAGUAGUCGUCUUGAUGGAGGUGCUGGUGGUGCCAGUGUAGGUAAUGUCACCAUACAAUUGAGCGCACCAUCACCGGCGGCUAUCGAUCAUUUGCAUCAACAGCAAGCUCAACAGUCGCAGCAGCAGCAAACACCGCCGGAGCGACAAAACACACCACAGCGACAAAUACUCGUAGAUACAAAUGGUCAAAUCAUAGGAAAUUUCCUUGUACAACAUCAGCAACAGCAACAACAACAGCAGCAGCAACAACAACAACAACACAUAGACCACCAACAGCAACUUUUACACCAUGCAGCACAGCAAUUUACGUUUCAGGCAGCACAACCACAACCCCAACAACAGCAAACUCAAACCAUAGCGCUUUCGGCACAACAGCAUUUGCAGCAACAGCAGCAACAACAUUCACAAAAGUCGCAUCAAACUCUGUCGACAAUACGUAAGGCUAUUGAAUUGAGCACCAACGGUCAGCACUACCUAACCCCUGGCGGUCUAACGGCUCAGCAACACAUUGGACAGCAAUUGGUUCUGCAGCAACAGGCGCCACAGCAAAGGCACUUUUUGACGCAACCACAGGUUCCUACAGUAUCCGCGGCAGCUAAUUGCAAUAUGGUUUCUGCUAGUCCAACACAGCAGCAUCAAAUUCAAGUGCAACAACAGCUUCAGCGCUUUCAACAGCAACAACAACAACAACAACAACAUAUGCCCGCCUUUCAAUCAUUAGCCACACAAGCGCAGUCUAAUGCGACAAAAUAUAUUUCAAAGCAAAUGAAUCUUAUUACAAUGUCUCGUGGUACGGCAGCAGGAACAGUUGCGGGUACAACCGCGAACAUCGCUUCUGUAACUAUACCACCUGGCGCAGCUGUGAAUACCUACCCGCCUUUUAGUAGCGCUAGCGCUAAAUCAGCGCGUUCAGCUGAGCUUGUUGUGAACGCUGCACCGAACAUCAGUAAUGUUAACACAACGAAUGUCAAUGUUGCCAGUGCCAUGAAAGGUUUAACACAAGCCGGCAUCCCAACCACAAUUGCCCAGCAACGGCCAACGAGUAAAUUAGCUACGGGUAAAGGUCGUAAAACAGUAAAUAAACUGCCUCCCGGUGCUGUCAAUUUGGAACGUAGCUAUCAAAUAUGCCAAGCAGUUAUCCAAAACAGUCCAAAUCGUGAAAAUUUGAAGGCACAACUACGACCACCUUCGGCUAUAUUAAAUCAGCAACAACACCAACAUCCACAGCAGCAGCAACAGCUAUCACAGAGUAACAUAGCAACUACUCUGACAUUGCCCAGUACAGGAGCAGCAGCACCACCUCCUACUUGCCCCAUAUCUGUAGCAACCUCGGCUCCAUCUGCAUCAAGCGCUUCAUCAUCACAAAAUUUUAUCAAACAAGAGGACUUAACAAGCAUUCCUACAAAUAUAAUGGGUGUUGGACGUCCUGGUGUAUAUAAGGUAAUUGGUCCACGAAUGGGAUUCCCACGUAAGAAAUAUGUUCAGCGAAAACCCUCACCUACACUUAUAAGGCAUCUAUUCACACCGCAAGCGGCCAGCGCUAUUCACACCAACGUCGCAGCCAAUCCACGGUUGCAACAGCAAUUGACGGCAGCAGCAGCGGCAGUUGCACAACAGCAACAACAACAACAUGAUCUACAUCAAAACGGGAAUGGUGGUGGACAAUAUGUGUUGGUGCAUCGGGCGAACGUAGGCGCAGCUGAUAAUCAGGCACCAAGAGCUUCUAGCGCUCCUCCGGUACCACAAACGACACAGAGUCAACUGCACAAUAUAAAUGGAAUACCGAUAACAGGACGCGGGCGUCCUGCCUCCGUCGAUAUUGAUUCUUCUAAUGCAAUGCUUGACCACAGUGCGCAACAACAUCACCAUCUUCAUCAAAUAAAUGCUAUGAAAACGAAUGCAACGGCUAGCAUGAUGCGACGCAAUUUUACUACCGGCAAUAUAACGUAUAUAGAUAAUCUAAGUGGAGCAGCAACUAUGGCCGACGGUAAUUAUAUAGUGACUGCAACCAAUGCCGGAGCGCUGGAUGCCGAACAAUUGGUAAGCAAGGCCGUUGCCGCUGCCGCUGCCGCCGCUGCAGCUGGCGGCGGAGGUGUCGCUGGAAGUGGUGGUGUAGGUGGUGGCAGUGGAAGCAUCACCCGAACACCAGAAGCGGACAAUUGUGCCUGUUCGUUAAAUGCAAUGGUUAUUUGUCAACAAUGUGGCGCAUUCUGUCAUGACGAUUGUAUGAGUACAUCGAAGGUGUGUGUCUCUUGUGUGAUCAGAUGAGAGGAUGAAGUCUCUGUAAUAACCUUUUAGGCCUUGCGCACAUGUAGUAGAAGUAAUUGUGGUUCUGCACUAAAAAAAAUACAACAAUAGAUAUACAUAUAUAUAUACAGAUAUAUAGAAUAUACACAGAUAUAUUUACACCGAUAUAUCAACUUAAACACGAAUUCUGAAUUCUGCAAAACAAAAAAUAAACACAGCAAGAAGCAUAGCAUAAAAAACAACAAUUACCAGCUGACAAAUGCAUAAAUAUGUAACUAAAUACAAAAACAAAAAAAGUUCGUUAUACUAAAAAAAUGCUUCAUGCUAAUUCAUGCCGAACUACGAGUAUUGCUGCCGUUCAUUUCCAUCACAUGAUGCGAUGCGAGCUCUUGUAUGCUAUCUAUUAUAUCAGGAAGUAGUUUAUUUCAGAAAUACAAAAUAUAACUGACUCGUGUGACAACUGUUUAAGGGAAUAAUCAUUCUAGAUGAAACUUUGUCAUGCCUUUUAUAAACAAGAAAGGUGGAAGGAAUGGAUAUGUAUUCUAUAACGGAGCAAAGCUCCUCAUAAAAAAGUCAUUUGCCGUUCGGAGUCGGCUUAAAGCUGCAGGUCCCUCCAUUUGUGGAACAACAUCAAGACGAACGCCGCAAAUAGGAGGAGCUCGGCCAAACACCUAACAGAAGUGUUCGUCCCAAUUAUUUAUUUGUUUUAUUUUAUAACGGAGCAAUGCUACGUUUAGAUAAAUAUUAUAUUAAAAGUUGAACUUCAAGAACAAUUUUAAAAAGAAGAAGAAUGCAAAGUAAUGGAGGUUAGGCUUUUGGAUUUGGAUUUCUGUUUUUUUUUUUUCUUUGUGAUACUAUAAUAAUCCUAACGGUAGCUCAGCAUAUUGGUGUUUUUAUUUUGACAAUCAAUUGUUGUGUACUUAAAACAUGUUUUGUGACAUUGUUUUGCUGGAGUGAUAGUUCUUAGCCGGAUGAAAAUCCGGGUCGUUCGGGUAACGAAGAACCAAGUAGUAGUUGUAAUGGCUCCCAAUGACGAUAACUUAAAUGGUAAAUAUUUUUAUUUUCUUUUUUUAUUCCGGAAGUAUUUUUGUUUUAAUUGCAAGACCAAUUUUAAUUGUAGCCUUACGACGAGUAUUCCAAAAGAGCUUUGACCCAAAGAGUUAUUGUUCAGUGUAUAACGAUAGCUGUUUAAUUGUUAGACUUGGUCCUAGAAUUGAGCUGGGUUGAACUGAGCGUGUGUCCUUUUCUUCUAGUAAUACCAGGUCAAUAUGUCUACUCUUUCUCGCUAUGGCUCCCUAUAUUGUAGUCGCAAAAACCAUAGGUGACGGUGAAUCACAUUCCGAGCCUGUGCAGAUGGCUGUGUAAGUGUACAUACAAAGCUGUUAUCUCAAUAUUAAAGUACGACAUCUCUUUGCAACUUUAUUCCGUGCUUAUUAGUAGCGAUAUUAUAUCUUUAAUGAAGUCGUUCAUAUUCAGCUAAUUCCACUAAUUUCGUGUAACCACUGCUUCAUGAUUUCGAAACGGAAAAUAAAUGACGAUUUCUAUUUGUGUCACAUGCCAAACCGUUGCGAUUUAAAAUUGAGCGGAAAACUUUUUCGGUGUCAACUUCAUGCGAAAACGAAUUGUAGCACAUGCCUGUAUAUUGAAUAGAUAUCGUUUAUUACAUACUAUUAUGGAGCCAUAAUGCACACCCACCUCUGAUCAAGUCUAUUGGGCGUGUUGUUCGGUACUAACUUUACUUAUUUUGUCCACCAUCUCAAUUGCGCAAUAGAAAAUUUUAUAUAUUACGAUUGUUUUGCUAUUGAUGAACAACAGAUUGGCAACAUUUUGUUGAUAGAACUAUGAUGUCGCCAAUUUUUACAGAAAAGUUACUUUCGAACUCAUAAAAAGUAAUACAGGCGGAAUUAUUAAAGCUCGAGCACACCCUUGGCCAUGCUAUCCAACAAAACCAAACUCAAACGCUCAAUUGUAUACGAUUAGACUUAGUUAAGAAUUCAUAACAAUUAAAUUUGCAUUGAAACACUGUUACUCAAUUUUGUUUACACCUUCCAAUCUAUGCGUUUGAUUUUCUGUGAAUUUAUCUAUAAUAUACAAGAACUAGCAUCGCAUUCAAGUAGGGCCUUUUGAAGCUGAAAUGAUAAUUAAUUAUUAAUUAUCUUUAAUCUUUUUAUGUUGGUAUAUGUUAAAGGCGUAUUUCACAAACACACUUGCAAACUGAUUAACAUGCUAACAAAAAAAAAAAAAAUAAUAGUAAUACAUAAAUACAAAAUUUAACAUAAUCUUCAACUGUACAAAUUACAAGACGUGUUAAAUGAAAAAAUAGUGUUGUCCAUUGCAUACAUUGUUGUGGUUUACUACAAAACCGUAUUAAGUUGCAAUUCAAAGACAAACAAAUUAAAAAAAAAUAAUGAACAGCAAUGAAUGAUGAUUAACAUGAGACUUAAUAUCAUUCAUUCUAAUGAACAACUUUUGUGAACGUUUUUGCAUAAUUUGAUUGUGAGAUCCUUGGAAAGACUUCAAGUUAUAUAUAUAACAUAUAUAUAUAUAUACAAAUAUAAAUAUAUAAAUAAAUUAAUAUAGUACUACUAUUUUUUUAUUGCAUACCAUACAUUUUUUAAUGAAGAGCCCAGUUUCAUUCAACACUUAUUUUAGGUAUAUUUAAUUAGUUUCAUAUACUAAUAGUACAGAAAAUGAGAACUAAAAGGUGGAGUUAUAAAAAUUUCAAGCGUUUACAAUGAUAAAAAACAACAAAGCAAGAGAACAAGGCAUACAAUGUUAAUAACAGUAAGAAAUUAUAGAAUUUUCUAUCACGCACUUGCCCAAAGCGAGAUUCUUUCUCUGCACCUAUUUAUUCUCAUUUUAAUACUUGAACAUAAUAGACAUUUACACACAUACAUACGUACAUAAAUUUUAUUUAAAUAUUUUGAAACUGCACCUCCUGGAAAUUGUUUGAUUUUAGUUUUAGUUUUUUUCGUUAUACAUAGUUUGUAUUACUUAUUACCAUUGUACGAAAUCAUGUACCAUAUAAGUAUAUUGUGUAUGUAUAUUUUCCAAUAAACAUGCAUAAGCAAAUGAUGAAUAAUAAUGUAAUGUAAUAAAUAUUUUGUAUAUAUUUAUUGAAAUUCGAAUAUUUUAUGUUCGUUAUUAUCUAUUAAUUAUAAUAUAAGCUAUAUAAAUAAAUAGAAAUACAAACAUACAUACAUACAUACUAUGUAGAGAGCGUAAAAAAGUAAAUGAUGAUUACAUACGGUUCCAGCUGUCACCAUAAAACAUAAAUACAUACAUACAUACAUGAAUACAUAAUUACAUUAAUAUAUUAACAAAAAUUUAUAAAUCAAAAACUUAAAUGAAUUUGUGUGAGUUCCAGCCUCCUCGAUCGUACGCGCAUAAGAAAACACAAGCGAUUUAAUUUUCGAUUUCGGUGGUUAAGUCGCGAUAGACAAGACAGACGGAAUGGAACCGUGUAAGCAACAUACUUUGUAUAUAAUAUCAUAUAAGUCGCCUAAUGCGUACACCUUACAUUCAUACAUACACACACACACACACACACGAAACAUACAUAAAUACACGCAUACACUACUCGUACUGUAUUUUAAAUUAAAACAAAUAAAAAAUAAAAAAAUGAAUAAAUAAUGAAUCGUUGAUACAGAAAAUAGAAUUAAAACCUACAUACAUAAAUAAAUACAUCAUUUUGCUCCUAGACGCACGUAUCGCAAAAUAUCCAAUAAAUAUUAUAUAAAAACAAAUAA